CGAGAUCCUUGUGUCUCGAGGCAUCGCCCCAGUCCACGGCACCAGCAUGUUUCACAUCGCUAGCCAGUCUUACAUGCAUCGUGUUCACCCUCUAACCUACACUUUUCCAGACGACACAUCAUGCCGGUGCCAGCAUCAGGAUGUAUCAGCUCGACACUCUUUUUUAUCCACCGGUCUUAGACAGGAGGGCUUUCGGCAUUUCCUCUCCACCAAACGAUCACAAAUCGACGUCCAGGAGGCAUCGGCAAGGACUAAUCAUCCUAGAAAUGGCAAGAUAAACAUGAUGGACGGUGCAUUUGAUAGCACGGAUGAAGGGUCCUCCUCAAUCUUGAGGCGUUCCUCCAGCUUUGUGGCUCCGAACACACAACCUGCCCGACUUUCGCGAGUACGGUUCCUGUCCGAUGAGGAUCUGAGGUCAAAGCAAAACUCCACUUCCUAUCGAGGAGGGAACCCUUUCUCAAACCCUUUCACAGACGAGAUGACUUCAGUAUCGAGAAGGACUUCCAGCUCAUCAGAUACAACCACUUACCUCCGUCCGAAUGCAUUUGCCGGACAUCGAGACACAUUGGCUCGCUUACCUCGUUACGCCUUUAUCCAUGACCAUGAUGACAACGAACUUGCUUCGAGGGUCUUAUCACUUUCAACAGACAGGGCGUUAUUUCCAGUUUCUCGGGUCAAGGUCCCAUUGGCUCACAGCGACACUUUUCUUCCUGAACCUAUCGUCAAUGCAGUGCUGGAGCUUUUGUCUUUCGAGGAUUACAAAGCUCUACGUCUCGUAUGCCGGCAAUGGAACGUCAGCAUUCCACUGCCUUGUUUUCCAGCCGUCUUUCGCCUUCCAAGAGAGAUCCUACAACAAGUCUACUCAUACCUCUCACUGUGUGACUUUGAUGCUGCUCGCCACACAUCCCGAGCUUGGUAUCUGGCCAGCCUGGAUUGGAAAGUCCAAGAACCAAUAGCCAGAUCCAGUGGUAUUCGAAGUGCAGUGGACGCGGACAUCCAGCGGCAAAAGGACUCUUUGGCCGACAGACGGAGUAUCGGCAGCGUGUCCGGGCCAUUCGAUGAUGACUACGACAUCAACAAGGAGUGGAUAUGUUCGAAAAGACUGGCCACAGAAAGCAGGCUUUCACCGGACUGGGCCGGGCUUUCGCUUUCUGGCGGCUACGGAUCGUUCACCAGAUUAUCGAUCGUGGAAGAGGUCGAUUUUUCGAAGAUCACUGCGCAAGACGCACCCUCCAGGAGCUCCAGGUCCAUGGUUUCAGCUUGUGGCAGAUUCGUUCUCGUAGUCUGUGGUGGAGACAUUACGUUGUACAGCUUGUCUAAUCCAGAAAAUUCCAUCGUGCCAGUCGUCCGCCUUUCUGCAGGCAUUGAGGUAUUGAAAGUCAGCAUGGAUACCAGCUCCGAGAGGUAUUCGGUUGCAGCAUUGCUUUCAGGUCGUCUCGGCAUGCUCUGGGACUUACAAGGAACUCCAUUGCAGACACGAUAUCGCACCAACUCUGGCGAACCAAUGAAUCUGGGGAUGCAAACAACUAUCCAAGACUCGGCCAUUCACUCUUAUGCAAGGCCUCUCGUUGCGAAUCUGCCAAUUAGCUCUCAGGAACUCCUCGCCGCGGAAGCAAAUCACGACGACUCAUCACCACCUUCGAUGCUCGGACAGGAUCCCUCAGCAGACAGCGACCCCAUUGAAGAUGAUGAGAGUGGGCCUGUAAAACUUGGUAUACCUAUCGAGACACGCGCAACAGCUGUGUAUACGGAUCUUGGUAGCCCGGACGAUCUCCCAAGGAGCGUGGCUAUUUGUCCAAAUCGGAAGUGCGUUGCAUUUGGAUGCCGAAUGGGCAUUGAGCUGCAUUGGGUAGAUGCUUUGACUGGAGGUGACCUCAACCGGUGGUUUCCUCUUGCGGCACCAAGUGAUUACCUCUAUUUCCUGCCACAACGGCCAGGUCUUGAUUCGAGAAAGAAACUCCGGCUAAUAUCCAGUGCGGCCGGUCCUGUUGCUACUGAGUUAUUCCGAAGCGACAGCACGCCUGCCAGAUGGGAAUACUGGCCAACUUCAGCCGCCCACGGACGUCGGCAGAGCUUGACACGUCUCUUCUUCGGCAACCUACCAAUCCCAACUGCUGCCAUUCCGCAAUCAGCACGGCCGGGUUUGGAAGCUCAAGUACAAGGUGAUGAAGUUCAAGGCAUUCUGCGCGCUGUGGACUGUGAUCAUUUCCGAGCAGUUCCAGUCAGCGACGGCUCUCACAUGCUCUUCACGGACCCGGCGAACGGAAUGUUAUGCCUGGGCAGCGAUGCCCCUCUUGGAGGUCCAACUAAGCUUAUCAGGAAGAUUGUCUUUACUCCUCCGGCCCAUCCGAACGGCAGAUACUGCUCGUCGCUGCGGUACACGGCUGGCAAAGCUCUAGACUGGGGGUUGCGUGUUGUUGCUGCCUAUAAUGACGGGCAAAUCGUACUCUACAAUGUCCCUUCAGACAUCUUCAGACGCAUGCAGAAUGUACACAGCUCGACAGAUGUAUGGGAUGAGAACGCCGGAGUCGUUGGACAAAGCGAUUUACUGAUGGAUGCUCUCAUGAGCAGCCACCCGGAUCGGUCUACUGAGACUCUCACCGGUACUGCCGCGGCUUCAAGUCCUCAAAUCUCACCAGAAAGUCCUCUGUAUGUUGACGGCGUUGUGAUUGCUUGUAUUGAGAAUGACUUUGUGGACGACCUUUCUGUGCAGACUGAAGGCGGAGGUUGUUUUGUGUGGGUCUUUUACAGAAGUGGGCGAGCGGAACUGCGCAGUAUUUACUGGCCAAGCAAUCACCGCAAGAGAGUCAGGUACAUUGGUGAAGAUGGUCUUGUCUAUGAUGUGGACGGUGGGAGUUCGGGGACGGACGACGACUCAUAUGAGCACGACAAGGGCAGGGCGACGACGAUUACAGGCGCGGAGCCACAACCAGGGCAUGUGUCUUGGGCAGCCCUAGAUGGUCACGUUGACCAUGCCGCUCGCCCAAAGGCGGCAUGAUCGGGCUAUCUGUAUGGUUCAGGUACGGACGCGACGCGAUAUUUUUAUCUGUGUCGAAUCGGCAUACAAGUGGGAGCAUGGUGCGAUACUCAUUGAUAGCCUUUGAGACUGCGUUUUGCUACAAGUACACCCAUUGUUUGAGAUAGGAGUCGGAGGCUG